AUGUCAGCACAAGGUGGAGAUGUCGAAAUGGACAAGCAAGUCGAGCAAUGGAAGAUCAAAAAGUUGAUCAAGAAUCUCGAGUCUGUUAGAGGUAAUGGUACAUCAAUGAUUUCAUUGAUCAUUCGUCCAGGAGACCAAAUUGCAAAGAUCAAUAAGAUGCUUGCAGAAGAAUAUGGUACAGCCUCUAAUAUCAAGUCUAGAGUGAAUAGAUUGUCUGUACUCGAUGCCAUUACAUCGACACAACAAAGACUCAAGCUCUACAACAAGGUGCCAGAGAAUGGUCUUGUAUUGUACUGUGGUACCAUCAUGACUGCCGAAGGCAAGGAAAAAAAGGUGACCAUUGAUAUCGAACCAUUCAAGCCAAUCAACACCUCUCUCUACCUCUGCGACAACAAGUUCCAUACUGCUGCUCUCGGAGAGUUGUUAGAGUCUGAUGAAAAGUUUGGUUUCAUUGUUGUCGAUGGUAACGGUGCCUUGUUUGGUGUCUUGGCCGGUAGCACCAGAACUGUAUUACAUAGAAUCACUGUCGAUCUUCCAAAGAAGCACGGUAGAGGUGGUCAAUCUGCCCUUCGUUUUGCUCGUCUUCGUCUCGAAAAACGUCACAACUAUGUUAGAAAGGUUUCAGAGUUGGUAACUCAAUUCUAUAUUACAAAUGAUAGAGUAAGAAUUAUAGUAGUAGUAGUAGUAGUAGUAGUUGAAGAAUACUUGGUUGUGACAACAAAUACUUACCAACCUAUACUUUUUUUUUUUAGUCCAAAUGUAUCAGGUUUAAUUCUUGCAGGUAGUGCUGAUUUCAAGACUGAAUUGAGUACUUCAGAUAUGUUUGAUCAACGUUUGCGUGAUAAGAUUCUCAAGAUUGUCGAUGUUUCCUAUGGUGGUGACAAUGGUUUCAAUCAAGCUAUCGAAUUAUCACAAGAAGUUCUUACCAAUGUUAAAUUUGUACAAGAAAAGAAGCUCAUUGCUUCAUUCUUUGAUGAAAUUGCUCAAGAUACUGGACGUGUAUGUUUUGGUGUUGCAGAUACAUUAAGAGCUUUGGAUAUGGGAGCAGUUAGCACAUUGAUUGUUUGGGAAUCACUUGAAUACAACCGUUAUGUUCUUCGUCUUCCAAAUGAAGAAAAGGACACUAUCAUCUACCUCAACAAACAACAAGAAAAGGAUCAAUCACAUUUCCGUGACAAGGAAUCCAACCAAGAUUAUGAAAUCAUUGAAGUCAUGUCUGUGGUUGAAUGGUUCGCCAACAACUACCGUCAAUUCGGUGCUCACCUCGAGUUUGUCACCAAUCGUUCACAAGAAGGUUCUCAAUUCUGCAAAGGUUUUGGUGGUUUGGGUGGUAUCUUGCGUUACAAGUUGGAUCUUGCCGAAUUGAAUGACUUUGAUAACAUAGGCAUCAAUGAUGACGAAGACUAUGAUUCGUCAGACAGUGAUUUCUAA